UGGUUGGACAACAUUACCGUCACCAUCGCACAUUAGAAACGCCACCGUUCUAGUCCAACUUGCUGUUGCAAUAUUACUCUUCUUAAAUCACAUUCAUUUCCACUUUCCUCGCUACAGCUUUUUCGCUCGCUUCUAUGCUUUUCUUAAUUUCCUAUCUUUUUGUUUUCGAGGCUGUGUAGCUAAUAUCAACAUUAAUAUCAAUGAAGUGCACUCCGUGUAAGGAUUUUUCUAAAGUAGAAUGGAGGAGUAGACGAAGGCGUUCCGCCGUGGGUCGUGGUGUUGGUUCGGUACAGUCGAAGGUGAGGAAACUGCAGAAGUUAAUUCCGGGAGGACAAGGGUUGCAGCAGGAUCUCCUUUUAUUAAGGACAGCGCAUUACAUUUUGCAUUUGAGGUUGAAAGUUAAUGUUUUGCAAGCUCUUUCCAAGAUUUACCAGCCAUGAUUUCCAGUUCAUGUAUUCAGAUUUACUAUCUUAUUAUCAUUUUAUUAUAUGUGUAACUUAAUCCUUAAUAUAUAUGCUACGAGUAUUUAUUGGUUAA